AUGUCGCCCACUUCCACAACUCUCACCGAGGUUCGGACAGUCGAUGUCCUCAUAGUUGGCUCAGGCAGCGCCGGCCUCGCUGCCGCAACAUGGCUUUCCGUCAUGGGCAUCCCCUCUUCCUCCACUUCUUCCAACGGAGGCGUCACAAUCCUCGAGAAACGCAACGCUCCACUAGCUAUGGGCCAAGCCGACGGCGUGCAAUGCCGCACGGUCGAGAUGUUUGAGAGUUUUGGGCUGAGUGAGGAGUUGUUGCGGGAGGCGUAUCAUGUGCUGGAGGUCAGCUUUUGGGAUGAUUCUACUGGUUGGGGAAGUAAUGGUGAGAAUGGGGAGGGAGCAAGGAAGGGGAAGAAGUUGAGGAGGACAAGGUAUAGUGCGGACACGGAGAAGGGCUUGAGUUGGCAGCCGCAUGUUAUUCUGAACCAGGCGCGGAUCAAUGGGUUGCUGUUGGAGAAGAUGAGGAGGGAGGGUGGUGGUGUCAGUGUGGACUAUGGUUGGGAAGUGAGGGAAGUGAAGUUGGUUGAGGAUGGGGAGUGGGUGAGGGUUGUGGCUGCUAGUGUUGAGGAUGAGAGUAUUCGUGAGUAUAAGGCUCGGUAUGUCCUGGCUUGCGACGGCGCUCAUUCGGCUGUGCGGAAAUCGAUCGGGUAUAAAAUGGUGGGUGACUCGACGGAUGUGGUCUGGGGAGUCUGUGAUGUCUACCCUCAGACGGACUUCCCUGAUAUACGCAAGAAGACCACGCUGCAUUGUGACGCCGGUGUGCUGCUUAUCAUCCCAAGGGAAGGCGAUAGUCUGGCGCGGUUCUACAUUGAGAUGCCAGCGGGAACGAAGCCGAAGGAUGUGACUAUGGAGGACUUGCACGACACUGCGCGCAAGAUCUUCACCGCGGGCGGAUUCAAGAUGGAGUUUGCGGACACGGCGUGGUGGAGCGCGUACAGCAUUGGGCAGCGCCUGGCUGAAGCAUUCAGUAUGGGCAAUCGGGUGUUCCUAACAGGAGAUGCAUGCCAUACUCAUUCUCCCAAGGCCGGGCAGGGCAUGAACGUGAGUUUGCAGGAUGGGUACAACAUUGGAUGGAAGCUGGGUAUGGUGUUGAAGGGACUGGCGGAGCCGAGUCUGUUGAAGACGUAUGAUCUCGAGAGGGGAAAGGUGGCGGCUGAUCUGGUGGACUUUGAUCGGCGAUGGACGAAGAUUAUUGCUGGGAGAAAGAAGGGACCACAGCGAGAGAAUGGCCAUAAUGGCGACAGCAAUUCUGAGCAGGAGCAACAAUCCUUCAGCGACGCUUUCAUCAAAGCAGGACGGUAUAUGGCGGGUCUCACCGCGAAAUACGAUGAUUCGGAGCUUACAGAUGCAGCCUCAAGCAAGCAGAGUCUAGCCACGAACGUGAUCGUCGGAAUGCGAUUCCCAAGUGCUCAUGUCGUACGAUUCUGCGAUGCAAAACCUAUGCAGCUCGCACGCGCCCUACCAGCCGAUGGGCGCUGGCGGGUUGUGAUAUUUGCAGGUGACUUACAGCGGCAAGGCAGUAAGGCGAGGCUGGAUCGAUUGGCGGAGUUCCUGGACUCUGAAGGAGGGCCGGUGAGGCAGUACACGCAGAAAGGUGCAGACAUUGACAGCCUGAUCGAGCCGAUCGUUGUGCUCAGUGGCAGGAGGCAUGCCACUGAGCAAGAGCACAUCCAUCCCUACUUUUGGCCGACGACCGGGAAGUGGAGAAUGCGUGAUCUGCACAAAGUCUUCGUCGACGACAGAGACUAUAAUGACAUCCACGGCGAGAUAUAUCGGCAUUGUGGUGUCAGCGUCGAGCAUGGUGCUGUGGUAAUUGUGCGGCCGGAUCAAUAUGUGUCGAAAGUAUGCUCACUCGACGACUUUGGCGGCAUUGAAGCCUCCAUCUGCGGUGUCUUCCUCAGGACCGACAGUGACAAAGGGUUACAGAAUUGA